AUGGUUGCGGCUCCAUCAUCUGCUGAUUUGGCCGACAAGGCUUUCGAAGAGACCUCACUGCAAGCUGCGGCCCCCAGAUGCUGCAAUGGAGCAUGCGAGAGCGCAUUGUCCGAAAUCGAAAGUCGUCAUCUACGAAUUAUACCGUGCUGGCCCGAAGGCAGAUUUCCGGAGCUUGUCGCGAGGCCAAUGGAGCUUGUGUCGAAGCAGCUUGCCUUAAGCGGCCGAUUGAAGCCCGAGGCGCGCCUGGGGCUGGCCAUCUCGGAAUUCGCACAGUCCCUUAACUCGGAGCAAAGGAGAGAGUUUCAAAGCAUGCAGUCUGCGAAAUGCACCCAAAUUUCAGGCCGGGACGUCAUCAAAGUGACGGAAGAGAUCAACCAAGAGGGUGCACGCCGCCACCGGUCAUGGAGGCCGCAUGGGACCAAAGUUGGGGGCUUCUUGUCCCGCAUUCAGACGUUCGCUAGCAUUGGCGAUGUUCUGAUAGGGGGGUCUCAGAAUCUCAUUGCGACAGGGGUGUGGAGUGCCGUGAGAUUGUCAUUGACUGAGAUCGCCACGAACUACUUGAACUAUUUUGAGAAGCUCUCGACACUUUUCAUGAGGCUUGGCACUUCCUGGGCUCUUCAUGAAGACUUCGCUCAAAUCUUUCCCCAGUCAGAAGUGCUCCAGACAUUUUUCUGCGAAUACUGUGUCGUCCUCUUGAGACUGUGCAACAAGAUCAUUGCUUUCGGUCAGAAAAAUACCAGUGCCCAAUUAUUCUCGUCUAUUGGCUCUUCUUUCGAUUCGGAAUUUGGAUCUACUCAAAAGGAGUUGGAUCAGUGGGGCUAUCUGAUCCAGCAACAAACUAAACUUCUAGCCACGAAAAUGGCUGCCGGCGCAGAAAAAGACAGAUUCCACGACUUGAAGCAACGAAUAUUGCGGCAGCUUUCGCCUUAUCAGAACGACUUUGAAACAAGGUGGAGACGCCAGCGCAGAAAAGGAACCUGCGAAUGGAUAUUUGACACCCAGAGCUUCAAGGACUGGCAGGCCAUGCAGAUAUCGACCUCAAUUUGCGUCAGUGGUAAAUUAGGUAGUGGGAAAACGGUUUCCAUGGCAAAUAUUGUCGCCCGAAUGGACCUUGUACAAUCCUGCGCCUACGUAUUCUGUGCAGCCCAGGAACCCAUCAGUCUCAAGGCCACUAACAUUCUGGGAAGUAUUGCUUUCAAUCUGCUGGAUGACUUGCCAACAGAGGCCAUAGUCUGGAAAGAAGUCGAGAAAAGCAAAGAGAGAAUCAACGCUUUUGAUCCGGAGAGCAUUGUCGACUUCGUUCUGGAUCUUCUUCCCAAGGACAGAACAUACGUCAUUAUCGCAGAUGGCCUCGAAGAUUGUUCAGAUGACGAUAUAUUUGAUGUGAUAAAUGGUCUCCGUCGUCUGAUGCAACACCGGCUUGUUCUGUUGUGUUAUUCUAGUCGUUCUGAUUCAAGGUUUCAGGACAUUGCAAAGCGUCGUCUCGCACCGAGAUUCUUGGUUUCUCACGAUGACUACAAGCAUGACGAAGAGCUUGAGGCUUAUAUUGUGAAAGAGAUUGCGCGAAGGAAUGCAACUAGACAACUCAGCCCCGACCUAGAAGAAUUUGUCAAGAAGCAGCUCAUCGGAGGGGCACAGGGAAUGUAUUUAUGGGUCUCACUUCAGCUCGACACAAUCUUUCCAAUCGACUCGAAAGUCGUCCUCACGGAUAGGCAGAUACUGCGCCUCAUUACACAUCUUCCAAGGAAUUUACCCGAGGCUUUUGAGAGAGCGCUCGAGAAUGUUCUCGAUUGCCGGUACCAAGGUAGGAUCAUGAAGCUUGUUUUGUCCGCUGUCACUCCUCUCGAUCUUUAUGAGAUGAGAGUUGCGCUUUGUGUUGUUCCCGGCGCGUCGGUCUUGCAUCCUGAAGAGAUAGCGAAGGACGGCAGGCAGCUUAUCACUCUCUGUGGAGGUAAUCUACUGGACCUCGACGAAGAGGACGAAAAAGUUCGAUUUAUUCACCAUAGCGUCAUCCAACACCUCCUCUCGCCGGCUGCGAGUCGAAGGACGAUGCCAUAUCAUUUCGCUAGCGACGAUGCCGAAAACUUCAUGGGAGCUAUAUGCGUUACAUAUCUCAAUUUGCCUAUUUUAGAUUCACGGUUGUCGGUAACAAAGAAUCUCCAAAGCCAGCAUUUGUUGGAUGAAGUGGUCAAAACAACCCGGCAAUCUCUCCCGGUUGUCAGUCGCUUGGUUCAACACAUCAAAUCGCGGAAACACAAACAAGCCCGACCUUCUCAAAUUGAUAUCGGACAAAUUGUCACACAGAUGCAGACUGCUUGCAUACAGGAGGACAUAGACACUCUUUGCUUCGCGCAUUAUGCUACAAGUCAUUGGAUCUUUCACACAAGAUUCUUCAAUGAGGAGAACCAAGACUGUCGGAAGAGCUGGAACCUUUGGUGGCGGUUACUGUAUGGUGACGUGGCUGCGGUCAAACCGCCGUGUCCAAAUCUCGAGGAAGACUCAUUUCCGGCACUGCUGUGGGCAGUCAAACAAGCUCACGGAUCGCUGUUCCGUAAUAUCCUCCCCAAAACCAGUCUACGCCCAUGCCAGGUCGUCGAACUCGUGCAAGCACUCAAAUUGCACGAGAGUAUAUAUGACCAAGAGCUGGGAGAUAUCCUGGCCCAAUAUCUUCAAAGCUUGAGUACCAUUGCCAUGCCCUCUACUGUCAAUACCAUCAUCAUGCUCCUCGACUUAGGAGCCAAUAUCACCACGCCGCAUCACACGUCAGGGUAUGAACCUAUGGAGAUUCUGAUACAUAGGAUAUGUACAGAUGUCUUGUCUCGUGACGAAGAGCGCAAACUCAUUCACGCAGCAUUUACUCAUCCGACUAUUCAAGGUUCGCUCGGGGACCGGUAUGUGCUUAAGGUUCUCGCAAAGCUAAGGGAUAGUGGCAAGCAUGGUGCGGUCGCUACCCUUCUAACAAUUCGGCCUAACCUGAAACUUGAGUUCGACCAACUUUCUGUGCUUAGAUAA